CGAUAAUAUAAAAACAAUUCUAUUUUGAAAACAAUUGAACUGUGCGUUAACAUCGUUAUAAAUUUCGAUUGUUCCUCAAAUCUUUACAAAAAUUCAAAGUCAAACGAUGAAUUUAUUAUUUAAAACAUCAUUGUUAAUUUCCAGUGUACAUGUGGAGCUGAGAUGAUAAAAAAACCUAAUCCCAUAUUGAAACAAAAUAAUUUUGAUCAUAUAAAAAAACUGAUAUCUAAAGUAUAUAUUCCUUAAUUUAGAACCACUGCACAAAUUAUGCAACAUCUAUGUAUCAAACAGUCUAGUCGUAUUCAAUUCCAUAAAAAAAUUUACACGUAAAUGAAUAAUUUCUGAAACUCAAACAACCGUCAGUUAAUAAGAAAACAUUGACUUGACUGAUACAUUUAUUAGCUUAUGUUUUAUUCAACGUAGAUUCAUAAAGAUUUUUUCCGUAACUAACAUCAUUUUGGUGACUGAUAAACGUUCACUGAGAACAUGGAGUCAAUAUCAGUUGGAAAUUGAACUUAACUAGCAUCCAAAAAAACUAAUUAAUAAAUCAAUAUUGAACAACAUGAGAGUAAGAGAAAGAUUUCAACAAGAUUCAUUCAAACUAAAUUACAAUUCUAAAACGAUCAGUUUCACCAAUUCACAAUGGCUACAACAACUAUUAUCGAUUGCAGUACGUUUAAAUAAUACUACAAAUAUUCAUGAGAACAUAUCACCUUCAGAUAAAACUACCAUUAUUAAUAACAAUAUUCAUAGUAGUGCGGACAAUGUGACAGUACCAACCACCACUGGUUGUAUUAUAUUAGAAUUAUAUGAUAAAAAUCCUAUAUUUCUCUAUGAUCAAGAAGAUUUUCAUGAUAUUGAUUAUUCUGUAUUAAAAAUGCAAAUUAUUGUUUGGACACAAAAAUAUAUAAAACCAGAUGAUUUAUUUAUGGAUUGGUUUGAAACUGUCAAUCGACAAAUUCAUUACAAUAAAAAAGGUUAUAGCAAAAAAGAUAAUUCAAUAAGUCGUGAUAAUGAAUUAUCAAUUACUAAUGUGACAUAUUGUACUGAAAAUUUGAGAAGUUUAAUGAUUGAUCAUAGUAGUAUUAAUAAUAACCAUAUAUUUGGUGAGUUAAAUAAUCAUGAUUUAAAUCAUGGUGUGCAAAAUGUCAAGAAUGAAACAAAGUCUGAUAAAUAUGGUGGAAAUGAAGUACAAAUUUUAAUCGUAAUUACUCUUUGUUCUGUGCUCAUUAUUUGCUUUCUGAUGGCUGUUGUUUUACGUAUUAGAAGCUUUUGUAAACGUCAAACAGAAUCAAGAAAACAAAUGCGUAACGAUCGUGAUUCAGCGUUACAAAUCAAUUUCCCAUAUGAUGUUAAUGAAAUACAAGUUGCAGAAAAACUACCUGUACCGAGUACAACAUUUGGCAGUAAUACACACCCUGGACUAGCUAAAAAAAGAAUCGGUAUUUACAGAUUUAAUCGUAUACUACAACCACAAUAUAAUUCAAUUCAAAAUUAUAACAGGGUAUUUAAUGCUCAAACAUAUCAACCAUCUACUGUUUUUGUGAUCGACUGUCAAGACACUGAUCAUUUUAAAGAAUCGCAUAAUACAUGGCUAACAAAUCAUGAGUUUCAUCGUCAAUAUUUAUUACAUUCUAGAAAAUCAGAAAAUUUAAUUGAUCCAUGUUCAAUUGAAAUAUCCAAUUUUAAAUCUCAUAUAAAAUCUUUUGAAAAUAAUUAUGAAAAUCAAAAUAAAACAAUCAACAAAACAAUCAAAAAAACAAAUUCUUUCAAUAAAUCAAUUCAACGAACUAAUAGUUUUUAAUAUAUUUUCUAUGAUUAUUUAAAUGUUUUAUUAAUG